AUGGCUCCUGAGCCGAUCGUGUACGGACGGCGGAGACUCGAAGCUGAUGCAGAACUCUCGUCCGAACAUAGCUCGUCACCGUCGUUCCAAAUUGUGUCACCGCCAUUUGCGCAGCUCGGUAAAGACACUGGCGGUGGGGGCGACUCCAGCUACGACACAAGCGUAGCGUCAGUGCCGCCGCCAAAAGGCGCAAUUCAAGAUCAGCUUGAAACGGACGUCGAAUCAGACAUGGAAGAGCCUGUAUGGCCGUCCUUCGUCGCGCGCAUGCAAAAGAAGAAAACGCCCUCCAAUACUGACGCAUUGUUCUUAUCCGACGAUGAGCCCCAGUACGAGGCCGCUUCUCGAUCAACGACAAUACAGCCUAACGGGAUGCAGGGUAAGCUGAUGCCGCUGCCCGUAUCGCCUCGUGCAGAAGCCCGCACGGCUCGAAUGGGAAAACUUCGUGGCCUUGCGCAACAGCGUGCAGCCCAUCAUGCUCAACUUUCAGAGCAAGAGCCUCCAGAACAUGUACAUAUGCAGGCAUCCACGUCGAACGCGACUAAUUCCCCAUCAAACAGGCCGUCACGACCUCCGACGGUGCUCUCCCAUCAGCGGCUGUAUACCGAAAACCCUUCUAUGCCACUCGAUGCAGGAAUCCACAGCGAUGUAUCCGAUGACGAACUAGAUGAAGAAAUUCGAGUGCCGGCGCCAUCAAAAGGUCCCCGCGGGCUCUCGCGUAAAGAUCAGCGUGAAAUGCACAGCAUGUCAGCCAAGUUACGGCGUGAAAACCGCACGCGACUCGUGCGGCCAGAGCCCAAGCGGUAUCAGCUUUCCGAGCUUCUCAGUACUAUCGAGCAUACAGCAUCACCAACUAGUAUUCAUGCGAUGAACAGCUCUGACCCGGUCGAGUCUUCUUCAACGCCAGAUGCACGGCAUGCGCUCGUCCCGCCGCAGCCAUCCACGUCGCCGUCCGAUGCACACGCUCGUACAAAGAAGAAGUGGGAGUGGAUUCAGCGACAGAAAAAGGGAUCUGUUAAUGAUGGCACACGUGAGGAUGCUAGCGGCAGCGAUAGCGAUCUUGAAGUCAUCGCACUAGGCCCACACCCUCCGCGUCCCGUCCCUUUUUCUAUGUCGUCACCGCGUGAUCGGCAACGAGAUGCGGCUGAUCACGCACUUGCACAUCUUGCCGUGUAUCCACGUACACCGCGCCGGCAGCGCAUCUCCACGAACGAGUAUCGCUCACCGAAUGCAGGUGAACCACAUACCAGUCCUGUUCCCGAUCGUCAGUUAGACGCUAUGGCCCACACAUUCGGAUUUGCUGCGAACCAACAAGCAGGCACAUUGCCCGCUCAUACCGCUGCAACGCUACACCAUUCUCAUCCCCAUCAGUCACGUCCAUUUCCUUCCGGAUUGGGUCUUGAUGAAUUGAAUGCUACCGUACUCCAAAAGGUUUAUGCGCAGAAUGCUGAACUAACGGCGAAGAAAGAUCCGCAUCUCAAGUCAGAUGAACAAGGUACGGUUCCUGCAUCGUUGCAGACUCCAGCACCAGCCCAAGCACAGGUGCAGUCAACUUUGUCACCAACGCCGACGCCACCUGUUUCACCGCCCGCCGCGGCACUAGAUGACAGGUCGCUAUUUCCCUCGCCGUCACCUUCUCCGCCACAUUUGCCGCCAUCGCCACCUCUUGCUCGUCCAGAGAGCCGGGCAUCGGUUCAAAGCGACGACAACUCAGAAAAGGAGAAUGUCCCACCACCUGCCAUGCGCAAGCCUUCUUCACAAUCAAGGACCCUGUCUCAACAUGCUCCUCUAACUGAGCUGCCUGUCUCAGAUUUGGGCGACUAUUUCGUACCGACGCAAGUUCCCGCACAAGGCUCAAUUCCACGCACGGAGUCGAAUAGUUCCGUACUCGCACAGUUCUUCGAGCGAGGCACGCAGGAACCACAGCAAAGUGGAUCAUUGGACAUUUUUGCAAAUGAUCGGCGCUCUGGACCUGUAGGAGGCAUGACACAAUUCUUCGAAGCGACACCUGCCGGCUCUAGCAUGUCACGCAGUCAAGAAGCAAUGCCGCCGCCAUCUCGCACAUAUAGCGGCGCAGAUGCAGACGCCUUUGACGCACUACGUCGGGCUGAACGAGCAGCUGCCGCUGCUCCCCAGUCACCCGACAUGUUUCCUUCUCUCGAUCCAUCUCUUGCUGAGCAUGGCGAGGAAGUAUGGCGCGAGGCUCAACGAGCUCAAAAAGCACGUCACAACGAAGUAUUGUACCUGAACGAAGACGGUUUUUUUACUCAGACCAAACCAACAGACGAAACGCCGUCCUUAUUUGUGCACGACCAUUCCGGUGGAUCAGAGAGCGACAAUCACGAGGACAAUGACAAAGACCUUGUGCGCAAGCCUGCAAAGUCUCCUUUGUCUCAACAUAGACGACGGCCUCAGUCUGCGUUCGUGUUUGGCGAGGCAGAAGAAUCGGAUGAAGACGAAGAUGAGGCUCGAGGCGAGCAUGGCGGUCUCGCUGGUAUAUUCAGUGAUGAAGAAUCGCUGAGCAAUGGGCGUGACGGCACCAAACGUGGCGGAAAUGAUGACGACGGGGAUGACGACUCUGACGCCGAUGCAGAUUUGUCUAGUUUGCUGGAUGACGAGAGUGACCAGGAUGUUGAUAUGAAAGACGAUGCCGUGCACCAGAAGUACUUGCAAGAUCGACAGAAUGACGACGCGGCGCUCCAGGCGAUGCAUGAGCGUGCAACAAAGGGCUUGUUCCGGCAUCGACGGCGAGGUCGGAACGAUGAUGAUCGACUCGCGGAUUUACUGGACGAAGAUGCAGAUGAGGACGAACUUCGUCGUCGCUUACAGGCGCCACGUUUCUCCAAGAGAAAGCGUCGAUGCAUUGAGGGGGAUGGCAUGGAUGCCCUUGCUGUUCGUGAUGAUGCUCAAGCCUUUGUGAAAACGUAUGCCGAAACGCACACGGCGGGUGAUGAUCAUGCCAAGUACGACUUCCUUGAUGCAGGCGAUGUGAGCUCCGAUGAAGAGCGUGUCACUGCACAUGACGUGCGUAUUCAGCUCCUGGCCCAACGUGCGAAAGAUCGCGAACAGGUCAUUAAUAACGAGAUGAGGACACGUCCAAUGCGAGAUGAUGAAGCGAUCGACAAGCUAGAUCAUACCCAGCACAACAUGCCUAUCAGGCUCAAGUCUCGAAGCAGUGAGCUCAAGCCGGCAGCGGGAGCAGGAGCGACGCCGGGGUCUGACGAUGAUGGUGAUGUCCGUGUGUUAUUCAAGUCUGGCAAAGUCGAUGAAGCGGCCUUGCCACGCGCAGUACAGGAGAAGCGCGCCCAACUUCUUGAAGAGUACAGUCACGAGCCACAAUGGCAUGAUGUGCGUGGCGGGCGGGGUCAGUUAGAUCGUCGCCGCACAAGACAAGCCAAACGCCCGCAUAGCGACCCUCUUGCACACCGCGCGUGGCAAGCCACCCCAUCUGCUCCAUCUGUGCUGAAGCAACAUAUUCUACGCCGCGAAGCACGCUUCCCCUAA